AAGUUAGUCAAAGGCUUCUUUCGCGUAGCUCCAACAUUUAAUGUGUGUAACUGCAACAUGUUGUUGAGGCAGGUUUGGGAAUAAAACCUAAAACUUUUCGCCCUGCCAAGUUAACCAGAGCACCCAUUUAUAACCGUAUCGAAGAUGCAUCACAGACUAGCUGUGCAGGUUUCAGACCGCGUUAGCGUACUGAAGGCGCCUGGCGAGCCCGACCCAACUCGAACCGACCCGCGGGUUAGAGUCGGGGCUGAGGGCUCGGAGUAGCACCCCCGCCCCGCCUCUCAAAAGGUGCCGUGUCGACUGGCACCAAAAAUCGCGGAUGUACAUAACAGCUCACAGGGCGCUGUUGCACCGCGUUGUUAUGUUUUGUUUUUGGCCGCGUGCGGGCUGUGAGUGAGUGCUAGAGAGUCAGACCGCGACCGCUCCGGGCUUUAGCACCUGCGGGUCGGGUCGGGUUUUAAUUUGCAGGCCCGUUGAUAACUCUAGACUGCGUUAAAACCUUAACAGGAUAUAGCUGGAGGACACAUGUAAUUUAAAGUUAUCAUUUCAGUGGUUUCAGGCUGGCUCUGCACGGGCUGGCUGUCUUUUGGCGCUAAACGCCGACCGAGUCCUCUGCCAGCAACUGGACUCUAGUCCACCUGGACGAGGUGGUCUCGGUCGAAGAAGGCACGCCGCUUCCUUGCCUGUUUUGGUGGCUUCGCUUUGUAAACGCAAACUAUCCGAAAUGUGAAACAAUGUAUGAAUUAUCGCAGGUAUUGCGGACUCAGCGGACUAUGUGGCGUGAACACGACCUCCCUCCGACUGCUGUGAGGCGUCUCGUCUCUCGUCUCUUUCUGUUUUUAAUGUCAUAAGCUUUAUCGGCAUGCAUGGAAGCAUGGGAAACAACUGAUCAAGAAAAGAGGGGAGAAUGAGUGUGGGAGCCACAGGAAUGCACGUGUGAAGGAGAAAGAUAUAGGGAGGACGAGCAGCAAAGGGCAGCAAGCCUCACUUGAACCCAGAUCACCAAGGGAAAAAGAGAGCCUUACGGCAUAAUCUCCAUCCUGUGAGCCACUGGUGCACCCCAUUUAACCCACAGUAAGGUAAAAGUGUAUGGAAUGGCAGUGUAAGCUCUGCACAUUUGUGGCAUCAUCGAAGGGGGGACUUCUUAAACACUAUCGACUGAAACAUGGACAUUUUGGUCGUGGACAUUUUCUGCCUUGUAUUCAUUUGAACUGUUCGUGUUCCUUUAAAACUUGGGGUGGCUUGCAUACACACUUGUAUAGAGCUCACAAAUCAGAGGAAACUGAAAAUCAACGAGAUGUGAUAGCUUUUAAAUGUAAAAUUUGUGACUCGUGCUUUCCAAAUACAAAAGAUUAUUUUCAACACAUUAACUCUCAUCUGAAAAGACUAGAAACAAUAGAGUGUGUGUUUGAUGGUUGUGAGUUCAAAACAAACAUAUAUGGCACUUAUGCUACUCACAAAAGUCGAAAGCACCAAUCUUACUCAUGUGAUGACUUAAAGACUGAUGUGAUUGUAAAACUUCCUAUUUCUACCAGUGUUCAACAGAAAGAAAGCCAUUUUUCAUCAGUGGAAUCAACUGAUGAUGUGGAAUUGGAUACUUCUGUAGAUUUGGAUUGCGAAGGACAUACAAGUGCAUUUGUGGAAGUAAUUAGUUCUCUCUUGUUGAAGUUAGAAAGCAUUUAUCAUGUCACAGGUAAAUGUUUAGAUGACUUGGUGGAACAGCUCCAGUUUAUUUGCACAUCAUCAUCGCAGUACAUUCCAAAUUUAGUGAGAGACAUUUUGACACAGAAUAACUGCACUGUUGAUGAAAAUCUUAUCAGUGAGUUAGUUGAAAAAUUACAACUCUGUAAUCCUCUAACUAAAGCGUUUGGUCCUGAUGGUCCUUUUCAUUCUAAGUAUAAGAGGGAGAAAUACUUUAAAGAAAACUUCCAUUUUAUCGAGCCAGUUGAAUAUAUAUUUGAUCCACUGGACAGUUGUUCUUUCCAAUAUGUACCCAUCCUACAAUCCUUACAGCAACUGUUAAACAAUAAAGACGUUGUAAGUAAAAUACUGACAAGACAUUCAGGCAAUGCAUCACAGCUUUCAUCCUUUCGAGAUGGCAAAUAUUUUAAGUUAAAUGAGUUUCACACGGAUGGGGAGCUAAGAAUUUCACUUAUACUGUAUGUGGAUGAUUUUGAAAUAUGUAAUCCACUUGGAACCUCACGGAAAAAACACAAAGUGACAGCCGUGUAUUGGCUACUUGCAGAUGUGCCAUCAGAAAUGAGAUCCCAAUUAACAUCAAUUAAUUUGGCACUUCUUUGCAAAGCUAAUGAUGUUAAGAAAUUUGGCUAUGAAACUGUCCUGGAGCCUCUCUUGAGGGACCUUAUUACAUUAGAGGAAGAAGGCAUUUUUUUCCCUGCCAGUGGCAAAAAUAUCAGAGGAACAGUUUUUUGUGUUUCAGCGGAUAAUCUAGGUGCUCAUUCCUUGAGUGGCCUGGUGGAAAGUUUUACUGGGCAUUACAUAUGUAGAUUUUGUAUUGGGGACCAUUCAGACUACCAGCAAAAAGAGGUGCAUUCUGGGUUUUUUCCACCAAGAACAAAGGAGAAUUAUACUUUACAUGUUCAAUCUGUAAAGGAAAACCCUGAUCUGGUACAUUGUUACGGUGUAAAGAAGGUUUGUCCCUUAACAGAGAAAUUGAAGCAUUUCCAUUUUGUGACAGGGUACCCACCAGAUGUGCUCCACGACCUCUUGGAAGGAAUAAUACCUUUGGAGUUGGCACUAUGUUUUAAUGAAAAAAUAAAUAAAAAAGCAGUAUUUCACUCUUUUACAACUGAACGAUUUGAUUACCGAGUUUCCGUAUAAUUGGACCGAUAAAACUGACCGCCCCCAACCCAUCCCACUAAAUCUUUCUUCUCGCAGAUCUAUCGGUGGAAACGCACAUGAGAAUUGGACACUACUAAGAUUAUUACCAUUUAUAAUUGGUGGAAAGGUGCCAUUCAGUGAUCCCUCAUGGCAAGUUCUCAUGAUAUUAAAAGAUAUUACUGAACUCGUGGUAUCCCCGAUUCAUACCGAGGACAGUAUAAGUUAUCUUGAUGCAUUGAUAUCUGAACAUCGCCAUAGACUGCUGGAAGUUUUUCCUGACUUUAAGUUAACUCCUAAGUUCCAUUUCUUGGAACAUUAUCCAGACAUGAUAAAAUGCUUUGGACCUUUGGUUUGUGUCUGGACUAUGCGCUUUGAGGCAAAGCAUAGUUUUUUCAAGCGUAUUGUUAGACACACAAACAGUUUCAGAAACAUUCUACUCAGUCUCGCCACAAAGCACCAAAUGAUGAUGUCAUAUCAUUUACAUGCUGAUGCUUUGAAACCUGCAUUAUGUGUGAGUAAAGUAACUAGUAUUCCAUUGGCAUUGCUGCAUGAGGAAAUACAGGAGUCUUUUAAAAAAGUAUAUCCAACACAAACCACAGUGGAGCUGACAAAUGCACUGUCAUAUCAUGGAACCAGAUAUGCAGUUGGGAUGAUUUUGCCUCAUGGUGCUACCGGUGGUCUACCCGAUUUUGUGGAAAUUUCACAAAUUGUGAUUGUAGGCAGUGAUCUUAAUUUCAUUGUUAAGUUGCUUAACAGUUGGUAUUAUGAACAUUUUAGGGGACUUGUUUUGGAGCACUCUGGGAAGGUGACUCUGCUGCACAUACAGCAACUUAGUGAUACAUACCCCUUGGCAGCAUACUGUGUGGGAGGGAAACGCAUGGUCAGUUUAAAAAGACACAUUAUUGUCCAGUAGUAGGUGAAAAAGCUAAAAGCAUCAACGGUACAGCAAUCCUACUCUGAUUUCCAGUUGUGAAUUGUUUUCACACAGAUGGACCCUGUUGUUGUGAAGGUGAUUAUAGAUCAUCAUAGUGAGAAGCUCACACUGUCAUCAGGGAUGCCAGACACAGUGGAGCAAUUGCAUAAGACUGUGAAGGACACUUUCCAGAUCCAUGAGGAAUUCACCCUCCACUACUUUGACGAGGACUUUGGUGAUUUCUUCGCAAUUCAUUCUACUAACGAGGUUAAACAUAAGAGGACAAUCAAGGUGGUCAUUAUUCCAUCCAUAGUGCUCUCAUUAGCAACACCGGAGACUGAAAAUGUGGCAGAUGCAGACAAUGUGAGUGACACCUCCAGUUUGACUUCAAAAACACUGUCUUCACAGUCAUCCUCUAGUUCUGCUGACUACCAGUCAGAUGGCACAUCAUCAGUGUCAUCACAAGGCACUGUCUUACUAAGCCCCGAAAGGGUAUUGUGGCCAAGUGAAAUUGAAAUUCCACGUUUUUCAGUUGCAACAGAGGCAGUACUGAGGAAUGCGAAUGAACAAUUUUUGAAAAAUGGAACUGUCCUCAACAACCCCAAGUUGAAGUCUGAAAUACUGGAAAGGCUGGCAGAUUACAUGUACAGUUACACUGCCUAUCCCACAGGCCUUCAGGUCGGACAGGUUGCAGAAGCCUUAGUCCAAAAACACCCAUGUCUAACAGAACCUGGAAGUCGCAACGGAUGGAUUGGAUGGAUGUACAGCCUAAAAUACAAGAUGGGGAAUUAUAGGUCCUUUUUAACUUUUCUUAUAAGUUAAGAAAUCUUGGAUUUCCUGAAGUUACGUGCAAUUCUCUCAAAAACAAGCGUCCUGGUGAGAGGAAACG